GCUCUGCCUUUGUCGCGGCCCUCGCCUCGCGGGGCCCGGGGGACGCCGCGCGCCGGCCGAGGAUGGAGGCCCCGCCCGACGGCGCCGCGGACAUCGCGCCCCUGGACCGCUACGACUCGGCGCGGGCCAAGAUCGCCGCCAACCUGCAGUGGAUCUGCGCCAAGGCCUACGGCAGAGAUAACAUCCCUGAGGACCUCCAAGACCCCUUUUACGUCGACCAAUACGAGCAGGAGCACAUCAAGCCACCCGUUAUCAAGCUCUUACUGUCCAGUGAGCUGUACUGCCGCGUCUGCAGCCUCAUCUUGAAAGGGGACCAGGCAGCCGCCUUACAGGGACACCAGUCAGUCAUCCAGGCCCUGUCCCGGAAAGGGAUCUAUGUGAUGGAGAGCGAUGACACUCCUGUGACGGACCCCGACCUCAGCCAAAUCCCCAUAAAGAUGAGUGCCCACAUGGCGAUGGUGGAUGCCCUCAUGAUGGCCUACACUGUGGAGAUGAUCAGCAUUGAGAAGGUGGUGGCGAGUGUCAAGCGCUUCUCUACGUUCAGUGCCUCCAAAGAGCUUCCCUAUGACCUGGAGGAUGCCAUGGUGUUUUGGAUUAAUAAGGUAAACCUGAAGAUGCGGGAGCUGACGGAGAAAGAGGUGAAGCUGAAGCAGCAGUUGGUGGACAGUCCAGCACAUCCAAAGCAGUCUCCCUCCAAGUGGUACUGGAAGCUGGUGCCUGUGCGCUACCGCCGGGAGCCCCUGUCCACUAGACAGCCACCCCACUUCCCGCUGCUGGAGGAUCUGAUGCGGGAUGGUAGCGAUGGCGCCGCUCUCCUAGCCGUGAUCCAUUACUACUGCCCAGAGCAGAUGAAGCUGGACGAUAUUUGCUUGAAGGAGGUCACGUCAAUGGCUGAUAGCCUGUAUAAUAUUAGGCUGCUGAGAGAAUUCUCCAAUGAGUAUCUCAACAAAUGCUUUUACCUCACCUUAGAAGACAUGCUGUAUGCUCCACUUGUGUUGAAGCCGAAUGUCAUGGUUUUCAUCGCUGAGCUGUUCUGGUGGUUUGAGAAUGUCAGGCCAGACUUUGUCCAGCCCCGAGACACUCAAGAACUGAAGGAUGCCAAAACAGUGUCACACCCAAAAAGCAGCCGGCCUCCUGUUCCUAUCUCCAAUGCAACCAAGCGAAGCUUCCUGGGUAGCCCCUCCGUGUCCAGCCCAGCAGACCUGCGGUCCCCUGCCCAGUUGCCUACUGAAGGGCCUCAUAGACACUCCCUGCACCCUGAGGACUCAGAGCAUCUUGGGAAGGGAGCAACUGCCUUUGGCCCCUCACAUCCGCUCCUACCCCUGAGGCAGAAGCAGCAGAAGACAGUCCAGGGUGCAGAGGAUUUCUCAGACCCUCGGCAUCGGACCAAUUCGUUAACCCGCACUGAUGGGCAGCCGCGAGCCACAAUGACGACAGCGUGGGCAGAGAAAAGAAGCAGGCCCAUUUCACAGACCGCGCCAUUUGCUCUCCACCACACGGCAAGCUGUGAUGUGGACCCUGGCUCUGGUGACAGCAUCAGCUUAGCUCGCUCCAUCAGCAAGGACAGCUUGGCGUCCAGCAUUGUUAAUGUGACUCCUCAGAACCAGCCACACCCACCAGCCCUCAGACCCAAUGGGAAGAGUUUACUGAGCAAUGUAGACAUUGAGGGUGAGGAUGAGGAGCUGGUGGCCAUCAUUAGAACAGAUGGGGUGCCUCAGGGGCGUGACCAGGGUUCAACAGCCAGCGCCAGGUCUCCCCACAGACUGGUGGACCCCCAAGAAAGUAAGGCAGAAAGUUUCUUCUUGGAGCCCUUGAUGCCAGCGGUGCUCAGGCCGUCCAAGGAGAAGCAGGCAAUCGCCAAGGAGGAGGAAUAUGGGGAAGGGCGGCCGCGGAGCUUGCUGUCCAAGAGACCCAGUGAAGGCCACCAGACUGCUGGAAGGAAGAAGGUGCCAGCUGCUCACCUCAGUCGAGACCUAAACAGGACUUUCACCCCCAUCUCCUCUGCAGAGCUACCUGCAGGCUUAGUGCCCACAGAGGCAGCACUGCAGGCGGAGGCAGGCCCCGGGGUCCCCCCCUCUCAGGGACAACCUGCCCAACCCACCGAUGGCUUCUUUCUUCACGUAGCUGGAGCUGAUGCUCCCGAGGGCAGGUUCCACACCAGGAGCCCCCACUCACACAGCCCCGAGACCUGGGCCAUCCUGAGGCAGGAUUCUGACUCAGAUGUGGCCGAGCUAGAGGAAGUCGGGCAUGAUAUAGGGGGUGAUGACCACCCUGUGGGAGUCUUGAGGUACCUGGGUGAGGAGGAGUCGGCCAAACUGCAGGAGGACCUGAAGGUAAAAGAGCAUGAAGACAAGGAUGAUGCCAGUGGCCGCUCCAGCCCCUGUCUGAGCACCAUGUCCCAGCUCAGUAGUGUCUCAGUGGCUAGUGGUAGCGUGAAAAUGACCAGCUUUGCUGAGCGGAAGCUCCAGAGGCUCAACAGCUGUGAGACCAAAUCUAGCACCAGUAGCUCCCAGAAGACCACACCCGAUGCAUCGGAGAGCUGCCCAGCACCCCUGACCACGUGGAAGCAGCGGAGGGAGCAGAGCCCGAACCGCCAGGGCCGGGACCACGCCAGUCUCCUGGCCUCAGAGCUGGUGCACUUACACAUGCAGCUGGAGGAGAAGCGCCGUGCCAUUGAGGCACAAAAGAAGAAGAUGGAGGCUCUGUCGGCUCGGCAGCGUCUCCAACUGGGCAAGGCUGCCUUCCUGCAUGUGGUCAAGAAAGGCAAGGCGGACGGCACCCCGCAGCCCCUUAAACCUGAGGCCACAUCCCCUGACUAUUUGCAGCACAAUGGGGAUGACCUGGACAGCAGCGUCUGCAGAGUGGAAGAGUUGCUUAUGAAAGAGGAGGGCCGAGGCACCUUGCUGGAGCCUGCAGAUGUGGACAAGGAAGGCCUGGCUCUGGGGCCACAGCGUCGACUGGACAAGAGUCGGCCAUUCUCGGAGACCGGCAUGGGAGAGGGCCUGGAUGUGGGUGAGUGUGACCUAUCUAUUGAGAAGCUUAAUGAGACCAUCAGCACGUUACAGCAGGCCAUCCUGAAGAUCUCGCAGCAGCAGGAGCAGCUCCUCAUGAAACCACCUGGCCCCCCAGACCAGAAGGCAAAGGGAGCCCUCCACUUCGUGGAGCCAUUGUCCCCUCCAGGAGUGGCGCCUAGCCGCAAAGUCCCUCGCGGGGGUCAGGGCCGCAAUGGUCGCUCAGGUCGGCCAGCGGAGCUAAAGGUCCCCAAAGACCGGCAGCCAGGCACCUCCCGCAGUAAGACCCCCACACCCGGACUGGAGAGCCUUCAGCAGGGACGAUCCUUCCCCCCAGGCAGUCACCCUCAAAGCUCCCCCGGCCCUAGUGACCUUCCGGAAAAGGGCUUCUUCGAGAGUCACCGGCUGCAUGAUGAGAACAACCAGAGGACCUUGGCCCUGGCCUACUGCAAGGACACGAACAUCGUCCUGGAGCAGAUGGGUUUCAAAGGCAGCCUAGACAACAGUGUUGGGGAGCCCCUGGGGAAGGAGAGCGCUCCCUCAGAAGAGCCCUUGCGCAGCAAAGCCAGCCUCAUCGAGGUGGACCUGGCACACCUCAAGGCCCCUGAUGAGGAUGGAGGGACGGAGGACCACGACAGCUCAGUGGGUCUCCUCGGUGAGGGUGACCAGAAGCUAGGAGUUGGCUUCUUCUUUAAGGAUGAGCAAAAGGCAGAAGAUGAACUUGCUAAGAAGCGGGCAGCCUUCCUCCUCAAGCAGCAGCGCAAGGCUGAGGAGGCACGUGUGCGGAAACAGCAGCUGGAGGCAGAAGUAGAACUCAAAAGAGACGAGGCCCGACGUAAAGCUGAGGAAGAUCGCAUACGGAAGGAAGAGGAGAAGGCACGGCGAGAGCUCAUAAAGCAGGAGUACUUGCGCCGGAAGCAGCAGCAGAUUCUGGAAGAACAAGGACUGGGCAAACCUAAAUCAAAGCCCAAAAAGCCUCGGCCGAAGUCCGUGCAUCGAGAAGAGUCAGGCAGUGACCCAGGAACCAAGUGCUCAUCCACCCCUGAUAACUUGAGUCGGGCUCAGUCAGGCUCCAGCCUGUCCUUGGCCUCAGCAGCGACAACAGAACCCGAGAGUAUGCACUCCGGAGGGACGCCGGCCCAGCGGGUCGAGUCCUUGGAGGCCCUGCCAGUCCUGAGCCGUAACCCCAGCAGAAGCACUGACCGCGACUGGGAGACAGCAUCUGCCGCGUCCUCCCUUGCCUCAGUGGCCGAGUACACAGGGCCCAAGCUCUUCAAGGAGCCAAGCAGCAAGUCGAACAAGCCGAUCAUUCAUAACGCUAUUUCCCACUGUUGCCUGGCUGGAAAAGUGAAUGAGCCACACAAGAACUCCAUAUUAGAGGAGCUGGAGAAGUGUGAUGCCAACCACUACAUCAUCCUCUUCAGGGACGCUGGCUGUCAGUUUCGGGCACUUUAUUGCUACUAUCCUGACACUGAGGAGAUCUACAAGCUCACUGGCACGGGUCCCAAGAGCAUCACUAAGAAGAUGAUGGACAAACUGUAUAAGUAUAGCUCAGACCGGAAACAGUUUAACCUGAUCCCGGCCAAGACCAUGUCUGUCAGCGUGGAUGCACUUACCAUCCAUAACCACUUGUGGCAGCCCAAGCGGCCCGCAGUGCCAAAGAAGACACAGACUCGGAAAUGACAACUGCUGGCUGACAGCGCCCCUAUUUAUUAUCUUUCCGUUUGGGUACGAAGUGUAGAACACAGGCCUGAGAGACCCUGCCCCUUGGCACCCUACACAGGGUGUGGAGGGGAGGACAGAAGCACACCCGCUACUGUGGUCUCUGGAGGUUGCGAAGCUGGCGGGUGCAGAAUGGGCCACUGCUGGGGCUCUGGGCUGUGCAUCCCUUUACUUGAAGUCCCCCCUGUGGAAAGCAAAUGCGUGGAUGGUAUUCACCCUUUUUGCACAUGACCUGAGGCCCUUCCCUUUGGCAUCUGUGGUCUUGGGAGCCUGCCGGACAGAUCUCGUCCUUAGGGAAGGAGUUGGGAGCUUUGUCAUUAGGGAAGUGUCUGAUAUUUAUUGAUUGUGUCUACUGCCAACAUUGCUGUUUGAGUCUAAGAUUUAUGAGAAGUCUAUGCUUGCUGCUCAGAGAAGUUUACUGAAUGCAAGUUUGGAAAAAGCACUGAAAUCUGCACCAUCUGUCUGCGGAGGAAACGCUACAAGGAUGGAGAAGAGUCCUUGCGUGGUACGAGCAGCUGGUUUGCUGUGGAAAUUGGGCAAGCUUCGCAGAUUGCAGCUGUGGGGCAGAAUAUUUGGUUAGGUCACUUGAAUAAAGACAGAUUUGGGUACAGUCGAA